CGUCAUGUAAGUGCAUGAUAAUCGUCACGUACGAUGGCGAAAUUACUGGAUGAUGUCGAGAUAGAUCGACUUUUGUCAGAGGCUGAGGAACGCCUCCGGGCGAAGGCUGCUGCGCCAGAGACCUCCACCUCGACCGAGAUCAGCCUGCACAACGGUGAACUGGAGAAAGCCUCAUCAAGAAAAUUGCUACCCAAGCUCCAGCAUAACUUGAACCAGACAAUUUACAUCAAGGAUCACAGUGGUGUUGCGCAGGCAAAUCCUCAGCUUGCGGUGGGAAAGGACCAGAGACAGUUAGCCGACAGCCUGAAAAAAGUUGAACUUCCUGGAAAGUCGAAAAGAAUUAAUGACCAAGUGUCUGCUGGUCCGAAAUGGUUUGACCUACCAAAGACGAACCUGACUCCCCAACUCAAGCGUGACCUCCAGCUCAUCGAGAUGCGGUCGGUCCUCGAUCCCCAUAGACACUAUAAGAAAAACACCCGAAAAGGCAAGAUACCCACGUUCUCCCAGACCGGAACUGUCAUCGAGGGCCCAACAGAAUUCUUCAGCGCAAGGAUCAAUAAGAAAGACCGUUCCAAUAACUUUGUGGAUGAGGCAAUGACAGUGGAACAAGAGACGGGACGCUUCAAGCGGAAGUAUGCAGAGAUACAGGACAGCAAGACAAGUGGCAAGAAGGCUCACUACAAAAAGCUCAUGGCCAAGAGGAGGAAGAAGCCUUGAACUUUGGCCACCGUGUUCAUGUCGAAAUACAUCUCGACAUUGGACGCAAUUCUUAUUCAAGGCUUACUCGGAUGAACAGUCAGUCGUCCAUCCACAAGGCUGAGAAAAUCUCGGCCCCUAGCAUAGGGGCCGAGUAGCUGCUGCCCAAGGGUCUGGCACUGGAGUCGGUACAGACGGACGGCGUCUUUAAAUUACUUAGCGACUUUCGGUCCCGUACGAAAUACGGCUACCGGGCGAAAGUGUGAGGUCGAGACGGUUCUUUGAAGAGAUGCCGGAGCUGGAUCAGCUUCGCAUAUAAGGCCAGCGAGGCCACCUCGGAGCAAAUAGGACCUGAUCGGCCUUAUAACAUACUUGUGGAGAUGAGAGCGACUUGGGGGCGAACUAGAGCCGAAACAAAUUCACUCUCACGAGUACUUAGCAUGCUCUGUGGAAGUUAAGGGGAAGGACAAAGGCGACUUGUCGUUUAAACAUGCAUGAUGUGGUGUGGCGCUGUAAAGCCCGAGAUAGAGAUGAUUUCGUGUCGUGCAUAGCAGUACGCACCUGAGUCUAUCUAAGAUUAGGAAACUCUAGGUGCGCGAUAGUACAUAGAGAACAUGCAGAAAUAGAGGGAUGCCCU